UCUACAUUAGUUAGUACCGGUAAUAUGAAAAGCAAUAAUCCUCACACAUUUGAUGAAGAAAAUAUUUCAUUGAUACAAAAUGAGCUUUUGGAUUGGUAUAGACAAAACAAACGCGACCUGCCCUGGAGAAGAGCAGCAUUGACUGAUAAUAAACAACAACAUGCUUAUGCUGUUUGGGUUUCUGAGAUCAUGCUCCAACAAACCAGAGUGGCCACAGUGAUUGAUUACUAUAAGAAGUGGAUGUUAAAAUGGCCGACUGUUCACGAUUUGGCCAAAGCAAAUAUGGAGGAAGUAAAUCAAGUGUGGGCUGGUCUGGGUUAUUAUUCAAGAGCAAGGAGAUUGCAUGAAGGAGCCUGUAAAGUUGUAAAAGAUUUUAAUGGGCAAAUACCUGAGAACGCGACUGAUUUGAUGAAGCUUAUUCCGGGAGUUGGUAGAUAUACAGCUGCUGCGAUCGCUUCAAUAGCUUUCAACGAAUCAGUUGGAGUUCUGGAUGGAAAUGUGAUACGUGUUAUAAGUCGUCUUCUUACUAUUGGAGGUGAUGUGUCUUCAAAAAAUGUUACUCAUCAUUUAUGGGAUCAAGUCGACAAAAUCAUUCCAUCUGAUCAGCCUGGAGAUUUUAACCAGGCAAUGAUGGAAUUGGGAGCUUUGGUCUGCAUGCCAAAAAAUCCUGUAUGCUCGCGAUGUCCUCUACGAAGUGUUUGUAAAGGUUAUAAGGAAGUUGAAAAUUAUAAAAAGACAAAUACAAUUUCUGCAUCAAACUUACUGUUAGGUAAAAACAACAAUAAAAACAAAAGGAAAGCAUCAGCAGAUGGUGACAACUCAAAAAUACCAAAACGAGUAAAAGUUGAGAUUGAAGAGUUGAAAAGUAUAAAUGUUGAUGAUAUAGAAUCUUGUACGAUAUCUUUUUUAAAAUUUCCAGAUGAUAAGCCAUGGCUUCCAGCGCUUGGGGUCAUGAAUUACCCUAGAAAAGCAGAUAAGAAGCCGCCAAGACAAGACAUUGCCUUAUUAAGCGUGGUUGAAUUAAAACAUGUUGAUAAUGAAUCCAAAAUGUUGGUUACUCAAAGGCCGGACACUGGACUUUUAGCCAAACUGUGGGAAUUCCCUACCCUAACUUUAAAUGCUGAACAAGUAGCACAUAAAAGUUUCAAGAAACACUUUUCUGAGAAAGGGACACACCCAACAAAACACACAACAAAUUAUAUAUCUGAAAACACAGAUGGUAUGUUAGAAAAAUAUUUGUCAGGACUUGUGAUCAAGUCUAGAUCACAUGUUGGUGAACUAACGCAUGUAUUUUCACAUAUACAUCUGAGGUAUAUUAUGGAACAUAUUAUUGUAUCUCCAGAUGAGAACAAGACUCACUCAGACAUUUCAAAGCAAGGCGCGGAGAAUUGGAAAUGGGUUUUAAAAUCUGAUUUGGCAAGUUGGGCUAUGUCCUCUGCUAUGCAUAAAAUUCUCAAAAUUUGUGAACCGAACAAUAGCAAAAAAUGUCAGAAGCCUGAGAUUGCAAAGAAGAACAACAAAAAUCAGGUAAAAUUGGAUUUUUUUUUCAAACCCAAAUUGCGCAGUAUUAAAAAAGAGAAAGAUAUUACUAUUAAACAAGAAUGAAGAUUUUGUUCAACUUCUUUUUUUCAUGAAAGAUCAUAUGCAAAAAUAGCAUAUCGCUGUCACGGGUCAUAUUGCUUUGUUGUUGUUGCAUGCCUGUUAUUAUGUGCAGUGUCUUAGACAUAUAUUUUACCCUUGCAUAAGCGUUGUACAACAGAUCAUAAACUUUCAUUGUUUGGAA